UUACACCCGAGACAGCAGUUAUAUGGCCUCUAUUUGAAGCCGAGGCUGUACAUAACUGGCAAAAAGAGUUGAGAGAAACAGUUGCAAAACACUUGACAAAUUGUGGCUUUGAGUCUAACCCUCGAGGUGGUGGUUGACAAGUUCUCUGCCUCGAGGUUCAGGUAGUGACCAACAUGGUGAUUGCAGUCGUGACUGUGGUCGUGAUCGUGGCCCUGAUCAGGCCUGUGGUGGUGGAUGUGGAGGUGGAGAUGGAGAGUGCUUGCGGAAAGCCUGGGCAUUCUACAAGUGAGUGUCCUAGUGAAGAGGGCAGAGGAGGUAGUUAUGCGGGGAGCAAUGACAGGUAUGGAGGUGGCGGUGGUGGACACUAUGGUCCUGAUCGAAAUGGUGGUUGACCUGGCGGGUGCAAUAGAGAUAGUGGUACUCAAGGAGGAUCAUGAAAUGACUGCUAUAAUCAGGACCGUUCUGGUCCCUAUGAAUGUCGUCGUACAGGAAACUUCUGUUCAGGGUAGAAAGAAUUCUCCUGAUAGAGCAAUUGAAGAUACUGCUGUUACUUGCUGGAGGUGUCAAAGUCUCUUCUGUUGCAUCUCUUCUUCAUGGUUCUCCAAGUGGACAAAUCUGCUUGAUCAAACUGUUGAUGUGCGAUCUUUGGCUAAAAGAUUCAACUGUUUAAUGUCUGUGAAUGCUCAUUUUGAUGUUGUGGAUCCAAUGACAUUGCUUGCUUUACUUAAACAAUCAAAUUUGGCCUUACUAUUUCAAUGCUAUGAUGAGUACUGGAUUCUCUUUUGCUUACAUGCUUUAGCAAUUGCAGAUGCAUCUGAGAUCAAUCUUGGUUGACUUCUUCCUUGGCAUUUGUGACUAUGGAGUGUGGACAGCUUUUUGGUGUCUAGAUGGCUCUUUUGAGGAUAGGACGAGAUUCACCUAAGGAAGUAAUGCGUUUUCUCUUCACAAAAGAGAAGUUGCCUUAGAAAUGAAUGCCUGUUUUGGCUACGAUUUUUCAAAUGUUUAACUUUUUGAAAAGGAGUUAAGCGGGUAGACUCUAUGUUUUCUUCUACACAUUUAGUAUGUGAGCUUUCUGUCUAUAGUUUGCACUAUAUUAACUCUGCUAAGCUUUUGGCAGGAUUCUAUGCUGUUUGUGGUGUUUUGAUGCGCAGUUCCGUUACUCUUAUAUCAUGAUACGUGGGUUUAGUCUUAAAAACUCUGAAAAGUCCUUUUGGUCUCAAGAAGCUGUUCUGUGCAAUUAACUCGGUAAAUUUCGUCUCACCUUCCACACAUUGUACUGAUGGAGGAGUUCCUUUCCCAGUAAAAUGUAGAGAUCUUUUGGAAGCUUUAGUGAGCAUGGCAAUUUGAUUUUCACGAUCUUCUUCCUAGCUAUCUGGUGUCUCUUAUCGCCAUCUUCAGUGGAGGAUUGCUGGUCUCUGUCUCACCCGUGUACAUGAUGCUGCUAUUGUCUUAGGUUUCCUGGAUAAAUUUCUCUUUCAGGUGUAAUGCGGCUCUUCCUAUGAAUCAGCUAUGUUGCUAAUAGACACGCGGUUCUUUUCGCUUCUGCAUUAAUGAUCUUCGCCAUGCUCUUGCAGCCAGUCAUUUGCGAUUGAUAAUGUAUCUUCCCUGAAUUCUUUCAGAAGUUGUGCUAGCUCCAUUUGAAAUUGA